AAUUGGUCAACAUCUUUCCAUGGACUUUCAACCCAACCAUUCUCCUCUGAAAUUUCUAAUUUGUUGAUGCAGCCAAUCAAUGAAAGUGACAUUGAAGUAAAACCAGAUGGCAUGAUUUAUCUUCCAGAGAUAAAGUAUCGUCGUAUCCUAAAUAUUGCAUUUGGACCUGGAGGCUGGGGUUUGGCUCCUCGCGGUGAACAUUCAAUCUCACCAAAGAAUGUAUCGCGUGAGUAUGCUCUUGUGUGUCAUGGAAGAUUUGUGUCUCAGGCAAGAGGUGAACAAGAUUACUUUGAUGUCUCUGGUCUCCCAACUGCAUCAGAGGGAUGUAAAAGUAAUGCGUUGAUGAGAUGCUGCAAAGAUUUGGGUAUUGCAUCUGAACUCUGGGAUCCUUCAUAUAUUCGCAAGUUUAAAAAGAAGCAUUGUGUCGAAGUUUGGGCUGAGCAUCAAGUAACCAAGCGAAAGAAGAAGCUCUGGAGAAAGAAGGACGAAACAAUUGGUCAGUUAUUUGAAUUAAACGUAUUCUUUCCAAUUCUUUAUUUCUCUGUGAUUACAAAUAUUAAUACUCGAAACCAAAUCAAAUUUGAAUAG